CUUUGACUCUACAGCUAAUGGGGGUUUCUCAUAGGCGCAGAAGCUCCAUACAACAUCCUAGCCGACGUUCUUAUUUCUUUGCAGGAACUUUGCUGCUACUUUCUUUUGUUGCAGCGAAGGGUUGCCCGAAGAUCUGCCACUGCUCAGACAGGACUGGCAUGGUGGUACAAUGCACCUCGCGCAAUCUGGAGAACAUCCCGGCCAACCUGCCGAGGGACACUGUUGUUCUCUUGCUGUCGUCAAACCGGAUCAGGCACAUCCCGAAGGAGGCCUUCGCAGACCUGCAGCGCCUCAGGGAGCUGGAUUUAUCGCACAACUUGCUCGAAAGCGUGGACGACGACUCCUUCCUGGGAGUUUUGGACAGUCUGCGGACCUUGGAUCUUUCGAACAACCAGCUCAGCGGUCUCCCAAGGGGAACCUUCGCCAAGCUGCACGCCCGGAUCCGCCUCUCCAACAACCCCUGGCACUGCGAGUGCUCCCUCCAGGAGGUUUUAAGGGAACUGAGGCUGGAUCCGGAGACGGUCAACGAGGUCAGCUGCCACACAUCCGUGCAGGAGGAGUACGUGGGACAGCCAGUGAUCCAGGUUUUGGACUCAGGCAUCAACUUUUGCAAUUUCCACCACAAAACAACGGAUGUGGCCAUGUUCGUAGCAAUGUUCUGCUGGUUCUUCAUGGUAACGGCUUACAUUGUCUAUUAUAUCAAACACAACCAGGAGGAUGCCAGGAGGCACAUCGAGUACCUAAAGUCCUUGCCCAGUACGUCCCACAUCAGCAAGGACUACGACACGGCCAGCAGUGUGUUUUAGAGUCGGAGAAAUGGAGUAAAUCAUAGGGAGCGCACAUAAAAAUGUAUUUCUGUAGAAUUAUGUACUUGGGAUGCACCAAUCCACUACACUAAUAGCUUCACAAGGUUGGUCAAACAUGUAAAAACAAAAUUACUUUAAUUUGUCCUGUGAGUGCAAUUAGCAGCAAACAGCCGAUGAAUAAAGAAACGAAAACUGACAAAAAGGUUGGCUACCUUGAUCAAAUGUGUAAAAAUGA